GACUGGAGAGCCAAACGCGGAACCCGGAAGCGGUGGCCCCAGCAGCCGCCGUCCCACCCUUCACUACACAUGUGCGGCCGGAGGGAGCGAGUGUUGUGAGCCCCAGGUAAAGAUGCUUUGGUUUCAGAGCACAGCAGUGCAGCUGGCAAGAUAUUCUCCUAAUCUGCUAUGGAGACAACUUUGUGCAGCCAGUACAAAUAUACCAGUCUUAACUUUGUUCAGCAAGAAACCAUGUCCUUUGUGUGAUGAAGCAAAAGAAGUGCUUGAGCCAUAUAAAAACAGGUUAAUUUUGCAGGAAGUGGAUAUCACUCUUCCAGACAACGCAGCGUGGUACGAUAAAUAUAAGUAUGACAUCCCUGUCUUUCAUUUAAAUGGGCAGUUCUUAAUGAAGCAUCGAGUAGACAUCCAAAAAUUUGAGAACCAGCUUGCAAAGCUAGAGUUGCAAAAUGAUGACUGCUAAUGAAGAGGAUGCUGCUAGCAUGAUACUGGAUUUGAAUCGAAUUUGUAAUAUAUAUGGUUUGAAAGUGUUGGGUUUCAGACACUUUUUCCUGGAGUUUAAUGUAAGUUUUUCUUAAAUAACUGAAAUGUGAAUGUUUUAUAUUCCAUUUGGUAUUAAUAAUGAAGCUCAUCUGACUGACUGGAAACCACAUAUUGUAUUUUUCAUCUGCUGCUAUCUUGUUUAGUUUUUCAUUCAGUGAACAAAUUAUGUCCUAUAGCAGCAACAAAAAGAAACACACUUCCAGACUGUUAAUAUGGUCUGCACUGACAAAAGAAUGUAUGUCUAUAAGGAAGCUUUUUUUUUUUUUUUAAGGGAGCAGGACUUAAAAAAAAAAAAAAUAAUCACAUGAAUAAAUUGCUAAAGUGAUUAUUUUGAAGUGGAGUUAUUACUGAUGAAAAAGACACUUGAAUAAAGACA